AAAGAUUGGACAAAAAAUGAAUUAGCAAAAAGACCCUUUAAAAUUAUACACCUGCAUUUUGGUCCCCCUCAAUCUAAAUCACUCCAUUUCUCCAUCAUCCCUUUCCUUAUCCUCUUCUAUUUUUUCUUCACUCCCCAUCAAAACAACACAUUGCAAAGAGAAAGGGAAUAUUAUCAAAAGAACCCAACCAUGGCAUUUGCAGGAACAACCCAGAAAUGUAUGGCUUGUGACAAAACUGUGUAUUUGGUCGAUAAAUUAACAGCUGAUAACAGGGUUUAUCACAAGGCUUGUUUUAGGUGCCAUCACUGCAAAGGUACUUUGAAGCUUGGCAACUACAAUUCCUUUGAAGGAGUCUUGUAUUGCAGGCCUCAUUUUGAUCAACUUUUCAAAAGAACUGGUAGUCUUGAGAAAAGUUUUGAAGGUACACCAAAGAUUGCAAAGCCAGAAAAACCAGUUGAUGGUGAGAAACCAAUAGCUACUAAAGUAUCAGGCAUGUUUGGUGGAACAAGAGAUAAAUGUUUUGGUUGUAAAAACACAGUGUAUCCAACUGAGAGGGUUACAGUGAAUGGUACCCCUUACCACAAGAGUUGUUUCAAAUGCACACAUGGAGGAUGUGUUAUAAGCCCUUCAAAUUAUAUAGCACAUGAAGGUAGACUUUACUGCAAGCACCACCAUGGUCAACUCAUUAAGGAAAAAGGGAACUUAAGCCAGCUCGAAGGCGAUCGCGAGAAGGAUGGAACUGAAGUUGCUGCUGAAUCUUAAAAUCUCUGUCAUCAAUGGUGUUUUAGUGUCCUUUUCUUCUAUAUAUAUUAUCAUAUAUGUUUUUACUGUGUCUGGUUUUUGUUUUUGUUGAAAUGCUAUACUGUGCAGCAUCUUGUAGUGUACUUAAAUGAGAUGCCACAAGACCUAUUUUGAGUCUCUUAGCAUAUAUACUAUUGAGUUUGUCAA